AUGAAAUCAAACAACCAUAGACCAUCCCGAGAACCACCACCUCUCUCUCCGAAUACAAAUGUAUUUCCUUCUCGUUCCUUUCAAUUAUUGAUAAUUUCAUUAUUUUUAUGGCUUGUCAUGAUGAUGAGUCCAUUCGUCAAUGGAAAUUCAAAGGUAUCGGAAAGGUCUUCUUCAUUAGAUAAUUCAGUAACAAUGACGACGGAAUUCAAUUUUUCAUGUAAAGCCUUUUCUAAUGCUACCAUACAAGUUGGAAAUGAAACCAGUUGGGAAUUGGUGUUUAAUCAAACAUUGUCCAAUCUUAAUUGUAUGAAUGGAGGUUUUUGUGAGAUGGAUGGUAAUACUUGUAAUUGUACCUUUACAAAUUAUACAGGACAAAAUUGUAGUAUACCAAGAAAUGACAACUCUGGUCCAUGCAAAGAAGGAGAAAAUUGUAUUUUUGGAAAAUGUGUGGAUCACACUUGUCAAUGUGAUGCAAAUGUUUAUACCAUGAAUUUUGAUGAAUCUCAAAAUAUAGUGUAUUGCAAUGCAAAAUAUUGUCCAAAUAACUGUACAGAUGCUACUCAUGGAAUUUGUAAUGCCACAACUGGAACGUGUCAUUGCUUGGAAAACUAUUUUGGAGCAAACUGUUCAUUCAUGGAAUGUAGAAAUUGUAUUCCAGGUCGUGGCAAGUGUGACUAUUUGACAGGAACAUGUAAUUGUAUUUCACCUUAUUUUGGAGAGGGAUGUAGCCAAACUCAGUGUCCAGAUCCAUCCUGUCGAGGAGUUGGUCGUUGUAAUCAUGAAGUUGGAAUUUGUGAAUGUGAUGCUGACCAUUUUGGAGUUUCGUGUGAAUUUUCAUUCUGUAAAAACAAUUGUUCCAAUCAUGGUACAUGUAAUACUACUUCCUCUGUGUGUACUUGUGUUGGAGGUUGGACUGGAUCAGAUUGUAGCAUCAAUUCACAUGUUUUGGAAAUGAAAAAUAUCAAAGCAUCUGUUCGAGUGAUCGGAACCAUAUUUGUAUUUCUAGUUCCAAUUGCAUUGAUUGUCUCUUCCUAUGUUGGAAAGCUUGCACAAUUUGAUGGCUAUUUAUUCCUUAUAUUUGAAAUAUUUCAAUUUAUUGGAUUGACAAGCUUAAUGGGAACGAAUAGUCCUCCAGUAUAUUUGAAAUUCUCAAGCUUUUUCCAGUGGUCUAAUUUUUUAUUCAAUACUGAAGAUCACAUGGAUAUUUCAGUGUUGUCACCUGUACAACCAGUGGUGCUGAGUAGUGCAUUGGAAGAAGAGAGAAUUCUUCUAUACAAGUAUAUUGACAUUUCGUUUAUUGACAAUUUUGUCUUGAUUACAACUUCUGUGGCCAUUGUCAUCAUGAUCUCAGUAUUUAUAAUUCUCGUGAAAGUCAUUCGAGGAAAAUAUACUCAAUACAAUAAUGAAGAAGUUGAGAAAAUGAAGGAUCGAAUUUUUACCUGCAUGAUUAGAAUGGCUCUAUUAUUCUAUUCUGGAAUUUCUCUUUCUACAUUCUUCCAGAUCAAAGUCACCAUGAUGAUGCGAGCUGCUAUUGUGACAUUAUUCACAGCACUUUCAAUAUUAUUUGCCUUUGUUCUCGGCUUUCCUUUUAUAGCUAGUGUGGUACUUAAAGCAAAUCGAGACAAAAUUAAUAAGGAAGUUGAUGACAAGAUUUCUGAAUCUCCAUUUACUCCACUUCACAAUGAUUUUAAGAGUAGCACUUAUCAAUAUUUAUUGAUCAUCCUUAUCAAGAAAUGUAUAUUUUCAUUUGUGAUUGGAUUCUUUGAAGGACUUGAGUUGAUGAUUGCAUUAUUGUGCAUUCAAUCUGCCUAUUUCAUGAUCGUCAUGAUUAUUCGUCCUUACAAAAGUGCUGGAAGGAACACUCUUCAAAUAAUCGUGGAAGGAAUUGUACUAUUGAAUAUGGUGGCUCUCGUCAUUUUCUACGCACUUUCCUUUAACUCGUACUUCUCAAUUUUGAUUGCUGUUGUAAUUAUUAUUUGUCAUUGUGGUUCAAUCAUGCUCGCCAUAGGAAUUUGCAUUUAUGAAAAGUAUAGACAAUCCAAUGCUGUCACGCAACACGAAUAUCAUAGCAAUUUGUUGGAUGAGGAUGAACUUGAAAUUCAAGGUACACACACCAUUUUUGAUGACUCGGAUGAUGACCAACAAGCAUUUAGACAUGGAGCUCAUGAACCAAUGGAACCGAAUCAUGGAAUUGAUGCUGAUUUCCAUGACGUGGAUUUGAUGGAACGCAAAUAA